UGACUGGGGGGUGGAUCGGGCGCACGACACAAAGAGGUUCCGUUUGUGUGUGGGUGCUGCGUAUGAGCUGUGUCCAUUUUUUAAUCUGUAGUAACCGUUACGCAAGGUGUACAUGGCGACUUGUACCUACAGGCUGCAAUAGUUAUUACUGCAAGGUCCAGAACACUUAGCCAGCCAAUGGAGAAGGCGGAGGAGGAGGAGAGGAACCUCAUGGGCGGGGGCAGCCCGAAGGCCGAGACGGGCGAGGAGGCCGUGGUGAGACCUCGGGACGGGUCCAGCCAGGAGUCUCGGAAAAGCAGCUCCUCCCGGUCCUCGCGGAAAAGCUUCCGCCUGGACUACCGGCUGGAGGAGGACGUCACCAAGUCCAAAAGGGACAAGCACGGGCGCUUCAUCAACCCCUGGUCAACGUGGAAGUUCCCCUCCUAUGGCACCCUCUUCAGGUUCUUUCUGCUGGAUAAGGACCACAGCCAGGUCCCAAGCUCCAAAGAGGUGCUGGACCGGGAGCUGCCGGUGCUGGAGCCGUACUUCGUGCGGAACCCCCGGCAGGUGGGCCAGACCGGGUCCGGGCUGAGGGUGACCUGGCUGGGCCACGCCACCGUCCUGGUGGAGAUGGACGACCUGGUGGUGCUGACCGACCCCGUUUUCAGCCAGCGGGCGUCGCCGCUGCAGUUCGUGGGCUACAAGCGCUUCCGCGACCCGGCCUGCGCGGUGGCCCAGCUGCCCCGCGUCCACGCGGUGCUCAUCAGCCACACGCACUACGACCACCUGGACGUCGGCUCGGUGGUCAGCCUGAACGAGCGCUUCGGCGGGGAACUGCGCUGGUUUGUGCCCCUGGGCCUGCUGGACUGGAUGCAGAGGUGCGGCUGCGAGAACGUCAUCGAGCUGGACUGGUGGGAGGAGAACUGCGUGCCGGGCCACGACGAGGUCACCUUCGUCUGCACGCCGUCCCAGCACUGGUGCAAGCGCACCCCCUUGGACGAAAACAGGGCGCUCUGGGGCAGCUGGUCUGUCCUGGGACCCUGCAACCGCUUCUUCUUUGCCGGGGACACUGGGUACUGCCCCGUCUUCGAGGAGAUCGGGAAGCGGUUUGGGCCCUUCGACCUGGCCGCCAUUCCCAUCGGGGCAUACAUGCCCAGGAAUGUGAUGCAGUCUCAGCACGUGGACCCGGAGGAAGCAGUGCGGAUUCACAUUGAUGUUCAGGCCAAACAGUCUGUAGCAAUACAUUGGGGCACCUUUGCUCUAGCUCACGAGCCCUACUUGGAUCCUCCCUUGAGGCUGAAGGAAGCGCUGGAGAAGCACGGACUCAGUCAAGACAAGUUCUUUGUUUUGAACCACGGAGAAUCCAGAGAGCUGAAUUCUGAGGUGUUCGAAUGAACGGACCCAAAUCUGCAUCUUUUCCCUUGGUGAUUGCGGGGCACCGUAAUUUCAAUAAUUGAACGCAGUACUAAUUUUAGGGAUGAAUCCUGAGCAGCCAUACAAACAGUGGCAGGAAAUACAAUUUUCAUAUGUGCCAUUACAAUUAAUUUAAUUUCAUGGUCAGCAGCUGUCUCAAACCGAAUGAUGCCAAUUGCUUCCUUCUCUCAGUUCUAAUUUUAAAUGCCAGUCACUUACCCAUGUAGGAAAGAAAACAAGUUGAUGUUGAUGCCUGAAAAACAAGGGUAGAUUCAUUGAAAUAUAUUUUGAAAGCUAAUGUCUUUGAUUAAUGGUUAAAUUGUGGAUACGGAUUUACAGAAUUGCGGUACUUUUGAAUCCCACUUUUAGCAUGUGGGAGUUCCUUGUGAAUUUUCUGUUGUGAUUUAAGAACAUCACUUCCUCAUGUGUAAGGUAGAGAGUUGUUUUCCUUUAGUUGAGGUUUAGUCCUCGUUUCGAAAUGAGCCUAUGUCGUUCUGUUAACUGACAAUAUAGGUUCAUAACUUUAAUUUUUGCUUCACUACUUGGUGGUGUGCCACAGAUGUGUUUGGCAUUAGCUGAUAGAAACCUUCAAUAUCUUGCAAUGGCUGUCAUUAUCCAGCGAGUGUGGUUGUUAGAUUUUGUAGUUUGCUAAACUACAAUUUCCAUUAGGGUAACUAAUCAGCCUACAACAGGGAUACUGAAAUCUGGCCCUUCCGGCUAGUAAUACUGUUGGUUUAGAUUUUCUACCUGAUAGUUAAAUGAUCAAUUGAUGCCAAUAUUUUGCAACAGGCUUUGAAGUACGUUUGCUCUCGUUUGGUGGGUGUGUCACGGGUGUAGCCUGAAUCAGUAAUCAGUCCGCCCACAUGGCACCGUUUUGGUUUAAAUAAACAUCUUGCUAUGUUAUGUCAGGACUGAACCUGGCCCUGGUGUCCCAGGUUUAGUCCUCAUUAGAGAGGAAGAAUGAAAACAAGCAGUACUUUUGGCCUCUAGGGCCGGAUGCACGUCUUCGUGGCCUUUAUGUUGGGAGAAUGUAAGACGCCUGGUGGACAUUUUGUAGAAUACAUCUCAGAAACAAGGCUGGAAAAACUCAUGACCCUACUCAUGAUGCUUGAACUGACAGGGUGAUUGAUUUUUGCAGUACAUUCAGCAUAUAAAAUAAUAAUAAUACGUUUAGCUUUAGUGCAGAUUUCUGCUCUUUUGUGCCACAGUAUUGCCUCAGUAUUCAGUUGUUAUGCAGUCGUUGGUUGUGAAUGCAGUCAGUGAAUAUAUGUAUUUGGUUAUUUGAAGAUUCAUUGCAUUUUACAGUACUUUGGAUGAUAAAUAUGAAGCAAAAUACAAUUUUGCUGUAUAUACACUUUGCCCGCACCCCACCAUGACCAGUUUGGCUUCCAUUUAAUGUCCAGGCUGCACAAGGUGUAUGAUGUAUAUAGUUAAUGAUGUAAAUAUGAUGGCACUUUGCUGUGUACAUAGUACAGAGCCUAAGCUUUUUUACUUGCCAAGCCAUGUGUGAUUUUAUAAAUGAAAAAAAAGAAAAUUUGAAUAAAAGUAUUUGAGAUAUG